UCUCUUUUCCCUCUGCGGUAUGUUGCUGUGUCUCUCUCGUCCCAUAGUCCACAGUGCAAGGCUGUCCUGUACUGUUCUGACCAGUGUUCCCAGGCAGACCAGAUCCGCUGUCCAGAGGAUGCCAGUCACCAGCACUGGUGUGAAAAACUGGCCUGCUACAUGAGCCACGACUCGCAGCUUGCCGAGCUGCCAUUCAGCUAUGCCGCAGAGGUGACAGCUGUUGAUUUUGACCUGGAACACUUCCUGAAUAAGAAUAAACUGGGCAGUGGUUACUGGGUACACUGGAGCCUCCUGGUACGCUCCCCCAGAUAUGAGCUCCAUCCCACAGUGGAACAGUCCAGAGAUCAAUACCCCCACUGGUUCAAAGGUCACAGUGAGCCCUUUGGACCCCUGAAAAGGGAGGGAGACAUCCUGCUCUGUAGCCCAGCUCCUCAUGCAGUCCCCAGCGUCACCAAACCACUGGUGUUGUGGAGUCAGUACUGUGAGUGGAGGGGUAUUAGUCUGUCCUCUCCUGUGGCUGUUCUUCUCAGCUCCCCUCUAUCCAUCUACUACAUAAUCACGUCGAUGGUGCCCAAAGACUUUCCAGAGCUCAACAUCCAGAAGAAGCAGUCUCUAAAGAUCCACAUCAUCGACUCCUACAGGGAGUUCCGCUGUCUCAAGGUGUUCUGGGAAUUGUCCGUUCUCCUGCCCCACAUGACCUUUGAACUGGUGUUCAUAGGGGAGGGACUUCCCCCUGAGAGUGACGAGGAGCAGCUCUUUCUGCAGAAGAAGAACGGCCGUGUCCAACUGGUUAACCCCAGCUUCACCCCGGAUGAGAAGUUGGACAGGAGGAGCAUCCGGGUCAAAGGUUACCGCAGGGCCUAUCACAUGCUGCAAGGGCCCAAACCUGACCUGGUGAUUGGCUUCAGACCGGCAAUCCUGCAUCAGGAGUCGUGGCUCAGCACACUCCCUAGGCUCCAGUCCCUGAGGGUUCCAGCCUACUUCUGUGAGGUCGGGGAGUUGAGCUGUGUGUGCAGCCAGCAGGUGAUGAGCCAGGCCACCGGGGGCACCCUCUCCCCUGCACACAUCAACCCCUUCCACUGCCCCCUGCGCAUCACUGGAGGAGAUAACAUGCUGCCCUGGUAUUCCAAUGCCUUCAUCUUCCAUCUGAGGUACAAGCCCGUACAUAGUGAGAAACGACCUUCUGUGGCCUACCCCAAAGCCCCGCCUCUGCAGGUAGAGCCGGCCAAUCAGGAACCUGACUACCCUGUGAAGAUGAGUCGCAGGGACAGGAAGCAGGCCGCCCGCAAUAUGCCCCGCAAACGCAAAUGAUGAUAACAACAUGCACACACGUACGCACUCAAACACAAACGUAUACACACUGGCACACACACACACACACUGGCACACACACACCCACACUGGCACACA